GAGAGUCACAAUAUUUACCAAUUUCCGUCAUCGUUUGAAGAGUCGCAAGAACUUUAUUAUAUUGCUCAAGAUCAAAUCAUAAGCCAUUUUCUGUCAUUAUUUUUCUAUUUGCAAGUCUUUGACUAUGAGGCACAUGUAUCUGAGUCUGGUUCUUCUGUUAGCACUGACAGAGAACAUCCUGAUGAAUACAGUCUGCAGAUCUGGAGAGAAAAUGCGCAGAGGAAAGUGUGAAGAUGAGAAUGAGUGUGAGAUUCAACCAUCCAUUUGUGAAAGAAAUGCAGCAUGCUUCAACACUGCUGGCAGCUACUUCUGUCAAUGUCAUGAAGGAUUCACACCUCCUUCACCUCAUAAUUUCACACCUGCAGAUGGGAUUGUAUGCCAAGACAUCAAUGAAUGUUUGGUCGGCAGUGAUGAUUGUGGUCCUAAUACAACAUGUAAUAAUACUGUAGGAGGUUAUAAUUGCACAUGUGCACACUGUAAAAAAUUUCUGUAAAUUUACAGCAUAUUAACAGCGUAAAUAUACAGUACUGAACUGUUUUCUAAAAUUACGGUGUCUUACCGUAAAUGCACACGUGAUCGGUGGGAGAGGGGGAACCAAAGGCUAGCUGACGCAUGGAGGAGCAUGGUUUCAGUCAAAGUUUUAUGGAUUUCAUCUCAAAUUGAGGCUCAUUUACAGGAACAUGAAGAUGGACUGGAUUCGCAUGCAGAUGUAAGUAUUUAAUUUUCUUCUUUCCACUUCACCACAUUAUAUUAUGUAAUAUUAUUAUUUGUGUAUUGUGUGUUC